ACCGAGGUGUCUGCUGUCAAAGCAUUGGUCGGAUAGUUCUCGGAGGAAGAUUGUUGAUCGUCGCUAAGGCCCAAACGGGUAACGGCGGCCCGUCAGCUAGCGGGGCGAGAAUCGCAGCAAACCCCAAGGCGCGACGGAACCAAUUCCUCCCCGGAGGCCGAUCCACCUUGUCGAAAACUUCAAGACUCUCAUGCAGACUGUUGCAAACCGUCCCCGAGCAUGGUUGAAACGAAAGUUGGCAUAUCGUCUAAUUCGCCAGGCUCAACAAGCAAAGCAAGCGGAGGACGACAUCGCGUCAUCUCCUCUUGUUUGACAUGUCGGCGCAGGAAAGUCAAAUGUGAUCACGUCCAUCCAGUAUGCGGUUCUUGCAUGCGAGGAAGCCAUGUGUGUACAUGGACAGAUCAGAUACCGGCAUCCACCGCUACUGGAAGGAUUUCGAAACCCACGGCUGGGGCCACUGGAAAGACCGGAAAAGGCAGUGACGUGCAAGCCCGGUUAGACAGACUGGAGUAUCUUUUAGAGAAAGCUGUUGCAGGACAGGGGCCAAAAUCCACCGCAUCCGUACGGUCCAGUGUUGAAUUAGACAGAAAAGAGGUGGAAGCACUGACCCCGUCGUCAAAUAGUCAGACUUCCCAUGCAGGAGGAAUCGCUUCCGAUGGCGGUGAUGGGACUCUGUUAUUGAACGAUGGACAGUCUCAGUUUGUCUCAUCUCUGCAUUUUGCAUUACUGGCCGAUGAGAUCCAAGACAUCAAGGCCUUGCUUGGUGACAAGACCGAUGAAGAGAGAAAGGAAGUGCCGCAAAGCAGUCUGGUCGACCUACUUUCCCUCGGUCGCGCAGGAGCCGGAUCAAAUCUAGAAAACUUACUACCCAGCACAAAAGAGCUCCGUGACACGCUGCUCGACGUCUAUUUCGCAAAUGUAGAUCCGAUGGUGAGAAUCACUCAUAGACCAACGGUGGUCCGCAAGUUCUCCACAUACAACAACGAAGCGCAUCCCAUGGCCUAUGCCAUCUACUUCUCUGCUAUCAACUCUCUGCCUCCAAAGGUAGUACACAACAAGUUUGGCGAGACAAAGGAAUCACUCCUCGAUCGAUUUCAGCUGGGUGUUGAAAUCUCACUGGCCCGGGAAAAUUACCUCACAACAUCAAAUCUGGAGAUCUUCCAGGGAUUUGUGUUAUGGUUGACUUGUAUUACUAGGGAAGAAGACAUGGGCAAAGCGUGGGUUCUGAUAGGCAUCGCAUUUCGCAUCGCCUUGAACCAAGGCCUACAUCGAGAUCCAUCCUUAUUUCCGACCGGUUCCAUGGACGCUCUGACUAUCGAGCUACGGCGUCGUAUGUGGCAUCAACUAGGACAUUUGGAGUUCCGGGCAGCAGAAUGCAAAGGGCAAGAACCGAGCAUCACCGAAGACUUCUACACGACGCUAUUCCCACGAAACAUUGACGACGAGGACCUUGUAGACGGCGCAAGUCCUGGCCCAGCCCCAUAUGACGAACCGAAGCUCACUACCAUGACGUUCCAACUGGUCCGGUUCAACGGCAUGCGAGCUCUACGGCGCAUAGUUCAAAGCACUUACCGCCUGGAACGACGUAUGCUGGACUCCGGGCUUCAUGGAACAUCUCGUCCUGAUCCCGCACAAGAACUCAGAGAUCUCUAUGAACAGAUCAAAGUCAUGCUCGACGAAGUUCACGAAGAGAAUCAGCGAAAAUACUUGCACAACCUCAACCCAGAGGUACCAAUGGAGAGGCUGACACUGGGAUUGGCUUCACUGUUGGAGUGGCGUGCCUACCUGCUGUUUUGGCUUCGGAUGCCGCGAGCUUACCGUGAUGUAGUCUUUUCGGACGAGAUCCGGCGAUCGAUCUUCGAGAAGUCAGUAAACUGCGUCGAAACACUAAACGGAGCGGCAGCCGAUGUCGAUGCUGCUCGCUUCCAAUGGCACAUUGGAGGAAUCGCGUCUUUCCAAGCCAUCAUGCAUAUCCUAUCAGAACUCCGCAACCCCCUCUUCAACGCACCUGACCGCCAACGUGCUCUGAGAGCCCUGCAGAUGUCACGUAUCCUCCGAGAGAACAACAGCGCCAAAGCAUGGCAAGCAGUCAAAAACAUGAUCGACAAGGCCGUCUCCGAACACAACCUCUCGCCAAGGGGGCCGCCACAGCCAUCGACUACCUACGUCAGCCAACCUAUUGUGCCAUCCGUUCCCAUGCCGCUGAGUAGCAACGUACCCAGCAGCAACACCAGCGUAUACCCGGCCAUGCAAGCCAUACCCAGCUAUGCCUACCAAAGCACCCCCGCCGCAGCUUAUAACCAACAAAACAUACCAGGGCCAUCUCAACCAGAACCUAUGCAGACUCAGCCCGACUUACUGCAAUCUAUGCAGUCUAUGCAAGACAAUGCGCCUUGUUGGGAUGACAUCAAUCUCAAUAACAUCAACAACAUCGUAGGCGAUGUACAAGCUAGCACGGAUGUAAUUCCCGACUUUGAUUUCGGUUUCUGGGGCGACCCAUUCAACUACGAAAAUGAACCUGCCGCCAUGCCUUUGCAGGAUGGCUACUUUCCCCAGUGGAGUGGGGGAAUAUGAAAGCACCGGUUCUAAUCGCACAACUCGCUUUACUUCAUCGGAACACGGCUUGCUCAAUAGCAGGUGUGGCA